GUAUCCAGGUAACAUGCCGUUUUUAAUCUCGCCAGCAUAAUGUGAAAAUUAUUUUCAUAUUUGAAUUAAACUUUCACCGUCUUUACGACUCAGCAUUUACAUUUAUUAUAAUUUCAUUACAUCUUUUGUAAUGAAUACAUAAAUAAACAAAUUUUAAUUACUGUGUUUUCUGUGAGUUACUUCGUGAAGUGGGAAAAUUAUCAUUGUUGUUUUUUUUUUUUUAACAUGCAUAAACAUUUUGAAAUUUAUUUCAAUUGCUGUUAUGUUUUUUUAGUGAAAGUUUGUUUGUAAUGACAUGCAUUUACGAGUUGCGAUGAAUAACUUUAUCGUAAAAAAUGUAACUUUAUUUUGCAAUAAUUGAUGUCUCAGAGUUACAAUCGUAUUGGAAAAAUAAAUUGCAUGCACGAGAACUAGGAGCUGGCUCUUCUUCUUCAUCACCAUCCUCAUCAUCUACUUCUGCGACUCGUUGUGUGAGUACACAGUGUGAGAAAGGGAUUCGCGCUGGCUUGCGCUGGCGCAGUUGUAACCUGACUACUCAGAACCGGAAAUGGCGCUGAGGUGGUUUCUACUGGCACUUAUCGCCACCCACACCAACGCCCUUCCUGACAUUAUCAGGAUAGGUGGAUUGUUUCAUCCAUCGGAUGACAAACAAGCGGUGGCGUUUCGUUACGCAGUAGAAAAAAUCAACAACAACAGAGACAUUUUACCCAGAUCGCGGCUCAGCGCUCAGAUAGAACAGAUUUCCCCUCAAGACAGCUUCCACGCUUCUAAGAGAGUAUGUCAUUUACUGAGCACUGGAGUAGCUGCGAUUUUCGGGCCGCAAAGUGCGCAUACUGCAUCUCACGUGCAAAGCAUCUGUGACACGAUGGAAAUACCACACUUGGAAACGCGGUGGGACUACAGACUCCGUCGUGAAAGCUGUCUCGUCAACCUUUAUCCACAUCCGACGACUUUAUCUAAGGCGUAUGUGGAUCUUGUGAGAGCAUGGGGAUGGAAGAGCUUCACUAUUAUUUAUGAAAAUAAUGAAGGAUUAGUGAGACUACAGGAAUUACUGAAGGCUCAUGGACCUAGUGAAUUUCCGAUAGCUGUCCGACAAUUGGGCGAAACUGACGAUUAUCGACCUUUGCUGAAGCAGAUAAAAAAUUCAGCUGAAUCUCAUAUUGUGCUCGAUUGUUCAACCGAACGGAUUCAUGAGGUCCUCAAACAAGCCCAGCAAAUUGGCAUGAUGAGUGACUACCACAGCUAUCUAAUUACUUCGCUGGAUUUACACAGCGUUGACCUGGAGGAAUUUAAAUACGGCGGGACCAAUAUCACAGCCUUCCGAUUGGUCGAUCCAGAGAAACCGGAAAUUCAAAAAGUCGUACAGGAUUGGAUUUACGGUGAACAAAGAUACGGGCGACAACUUGAUAUGGGUCAAACACAUAAUAAGAAUAAUAUCACAGCUAUAAAGACUGAAACUGCACUAAUGUAUGACGCAGUCCAUCUAUUUGCGAAAGCACUCCAUGUACUAGAUACCUCUCAACAAAUGGAAAUUAAACCACUAUCAUGUGAAUCAACAGACACUUGGUCCCAUGGUUAUUCGCUAAUUAAUUAUAUGAAAAUAGUUGAGAUGAAAGGACUAACAGGACUGAUCAAGUUUGAUCACCAGGGAUUCCGUUCGGACUUUAUGCUUGACAUAAUCGAGUUAAAUAACAAAGAAGGACUUAAGAAAAUCGGAGUAUGGAAUAGUACUGAGGGGGUUAAUUUUACUCGAACAUUUGGUGAUGUUUACACACAAAUUGUCGAGAGUUUGCAGAAUAAAACUUUCAUCGUUUCGACAAUAUUAAGCGCGCCGUACUUUAUGCUGAAAGAUUCAAGCGUAAAGCUCGAAGGCAACGCGCAGUACGAAGGCUACAGUGUAGAUCUCAUCCAUGAAAUAUCACGGAUACUCGGGUUCAAUUACACGUUUGUUAUUGUCCCAGAUAAAAAGUACGGAUCUUACAAUAAGAAGACUAAAGAGUGGGACGGGAUGAUCAAAGAGCUUCUGGAUCAAAAGGCUGAUCUCGCAAUAGCUGAUUUGACUAUUACCUACGAUCGAGAGCAAGCCGUUGACUUCACAAUGCCUUUUAUGAAUCUAGGUAUAAGCAUUCUUUACAGGAAGCCCCUCAAGAAGCCCCCGAAUUUAUUUUCAUUUCUAAGCCCUCUCAGUCUGGAUGUGUGGAUCUACAUGGCCACGGCUUAUCUCGGUGUUUCCGUUCUUCUAUUUAUAUUAGCCAGGUUCAGUCCGUAUGAGUGGGAAAACCCUUCUCCGUGCAACGCCCAGCCUGAAGUCUGCGAGAACGAGUUCACUCUCCUUAAUUCACUCUGGUUCACCAUAGGUUCGCUCAUGCAGCAAGGCUCUGAUAUAGCGCCUAAAGCCGUAUCAACGCGAAUGGUCGCCGGAAUGUGGUGGUUUUUUACUCUGAUCAUGAUAUCAUCGUACACUGCAAAUCUAGCGGCUUUUUUAACGGUCGAGCGCAUGGAAUCGCCUAUUGAAAGCGCUGAGGAUCUCGCUAAGCAGACGAAAAUAAAAUACGGUGCUUUGGCUGGCGGCAGUACCGCUGCCUUUUUCCGGGAUUCGAAUUUUUCAACGUAUCAGCGCAUGUGGUCAUUCAUGCAGUCUGCCAAGCCGAGCGUAUUCACUAAAAGUAAUAUGGAGGGAGUGGAGUGGGUUAUCAAGGGCAAAGGAACAUACGCAUUCUUGAUGGAAUCCACAUCUAUCGAGUACGUGAUCGAGCGUAACUGCGAGCUCACUCGAGUUGGUACUGAAUUAGAUUCCAAAGGAUAUGGCAUUGCGAUGCCUCCGAACUCUCCCUACAGAACGGCAAUCAGCAGCGCUAUCCUCAAAUUACAAGAGGAGGGAAAAUUACAUACCCUAAAGACAAGGUGGUGGAAGGAAAAACGCGGAGGCGGAAAAUGCCGGGAGGAUAAUCAGAAAGCCGGAUCGACGGCCAACGAGCUGGGACUGGCCAAUGUCGGCGGUGUCUUUGUGGUCCUGAUGGGCGGAAUGGGUGUUGCCUGUGUGAUAGCCGUUUGCGAGUUCGUGUGGAAAAGUCGGAAAGUCGCUGUUGAAGAACGGAAGCAGAAAUCCUCGGAAAAAGCUAUCUGCGAGGGUUUUACCGAUCUUCAUUAGCAUCAGUCUUUCUCCUUCUACUCGAGUGCGGUGUAUUGACCCCCCAUUCACGUAGAGCGAAAAAAAAUAAAUAAAUAAAUAAUAAAAAACACAAUUUAAGUAGACGAGUAUAGAGAAAAAAUUAUGAAUAAUUAAAACUUGUGAGACUUGUACGCUUUUUGACCUGGAUAAGGAUUUUAAUACCAAGAGGAACUUCAUCGCUCAAAAUAUAUGAGAAAAAACUGUCAUUUGAAUUUUCACACGCGUGUGGUACACGCGAUAUUAAAUAUAAAUAAUUAUAUAAGUAAUUACCCGGGUCAAAAAUAAAACUUUAUUUAGACUUGAUUUACCAAGUCGAAAUUUUGAGCUGUUUUUUAUAAGACAAACUCGACUUUUUUUACGGAGAUAUGAAAUACAUUGAGUUUUGACUUGGUUCAGACUUAACUGGCUCACUUAGUCACGAUUUAAGACGAAAAUGUUGAAAUCAAUUCAAAAUUUAUUUAGUUUUGACGGUGUGCCGUCAAGUGAUCCCAACAAUUUUAUACCGCGACAAGUGAUCCCUACAAAUUGAUCCCACCGACAUCUGAUCCCAUCAACAAUUGAUUUUUAUCAGCAACUAAUUUACAUAAUUUAACUUUUUAUAUUUACAACAAUGAUUUUAAUUACUCGUGUCAUAGUAAUUAAUCAAUAAUUAAUUAUUUUAUGAAUUUGUCAGUGGGAUCAGUUGUCUGUGGGAUCAAUUAUCGUGUGAUUACUUGUCGGGGAUCAGUUGUCAUGGAACCAAAAAUACAAAUAAGUUGAAACUAAGAUAAAAGAAGUUCAAAAAGUGGAAAAAAUUUAAUUUAAAUCAAAAAAGUCGAGAUCUUAUCGGAAAAUCGUCGGCAAGUCGAUAACUUCGAAAGAAAAUAAGGUGAAGCGAGCCUGAAUGAAGUUUUAUUUUUGACCCGGGUACAAUUAAUUUUUAAAGUAAUAAUAAUAAAUGUCCAAUAAAUUAUUUAUAUAAGACGGUAUGAAAACAUAGAAAAUUUAUAAAUUUUGACCGUCUUAAUUUUAAUUUAUUUUUUUCCGAUCGGAUGAAUUCAAAUUGAGAUGGUCAAUUUGUCUGUCAAUUGCUCAUAUCAAUUCAAAAAAAAGCAACUGGCUUAAGACUACAAAAUGUAUUAUAUUUAUUUGUUAUGUGAGUAAUUAUUUUAUUUAUUGAUCGAUCGGUUAUUAAUGUAAAGAUAAAUUAUAUAAAUGAUAAUGGACAUGCGUGUUGACAUGCCGAUAAAAAUAUAUAUAUGUAUAUGUGUGUAUAUACAUAUAUAUAAUCUGUUUAUAUGACGAACAAUCAACAUCGUUUUGUACUGAUUAGAUAGACAAAGAAACUCGUACAUUAACUAUUCAUAAGCCGAAGGGUACUGGGUAAUGAGUAAUUUACUCAUUACUCAUAUGAUAUUAAUUAACAGGAAUAAAAAAAUUAUUGUAAAUAACGAUCAUUAUCAUCCAUCAUGUGUAGCUUCAAUUAGUUUGUCUCUUGGCGGUUCAUUUGAUCGAUUGUACUUUUUUUGAAAAUUUUUUUUUUUUUAAAUGGAAACAUAAAAAAUACGGGGUAAAAUUGAAUGUCGAAAUUAGUACAUUUUAAUUGGGAGAAAGAAACUUUCCCGGGUCGAAAAAUUUGAACUGAUUUUAGUUUAACUAGACUGUAUUUGGACUAAUUGGUCUGUGGACUAGUGAUCUGUUUUUGAAUUUUGAGUCAAAGUUUUUUAUGCGAAGAAGAUUGAAAACUGACUAAAAAUUAUAGACAGAAAAAGUAGAUUUGGUCUGAGUAAAAACAAAAGAUGGCAAAAUAUUUUGAGAAAAAAUUAUAAUUUUGAUCUAGAGGCGACCGAAACCACAAUGAAAAUUAUUGGAAACAACUCGGAAAAUUGUUUUAAUAAAGAGAACAGUGGAAAAAUUACAGUUUUCAGUGCAAAAACUGAACGGCUACCCAAUUUCAAAACACAGAAAUGAACAAAUUUUUCAAAAUAAAUUUUUUAGUAUUUUUAGUUCUAGUGGAGUUUUGUAAAUAUGAUUCACUACACUGAAAAAAAGAUUUGUUUGAGCCAAAGAUAUCGUAUAUUUGGAUAUGGCCAAAUAAAUAUUUAAUUGUGAGAAAGAUAUAAUAUAUUUGAGUAGUUUAAUUGCGUGAAAUAAGUGAUUUAUUUGUGGUAAAGAAAUGAUCCGAUUACUACAAAUAAAUAAGGGCUUCAAAUAUAUAAACAGUAUCGCCAAAUUUUAGGUUAUUUGUCACAAAUUUAAUAUCUUUACCCCAAAUAUAUCAAUUACUCACCACAAAUAAAUUAUAUAUUUCCGUCAAAUUAUAAAAUUAUUUGAAUCAACUGUCAUAUUUUGUUUUACCAAAUAUAUUUAUUUUUCAUUUAUUUGGGACAAAUAUUUCUUUUUAUCAGUGUACAUAUUUCAAAAAUUAGAUUUUUGCCAGUUACUGUGUUUUGAAAUUGGGCAGUCGGGUACCCUCGUAUACAAAAUUUCAACUAUUAGUUUGCAGUGUGACCAAAUUUUACAGUUUCUACUACAAAAUUUGAAGAUUGAAAACUUGUUUGCUAUUAGGGAGUGAAAAAAGUCAUAUAUGAAAUUUUAAUUUAAUUUGUACAGUUUUUAAGUAGAGGGACUUUGCUGAUAUUUGAAAUUAUAACUUUUCCACUAUUUUUUUUCCAUAACAGUACAGGCGAAACAAUUAAAUUUCACAUGUUAAUCAAAUAAAAUAGAAAGUAAAAUUGAAUGGAAAUAACAAAAUUUUUAUUUUAUUUAAAACAUCAAAUUUUACGACCCGGGUUACUCAAGUCCGUUAUUUUGCCUAGUAUUUUUUAUAGUUAUGUAUAUAUACAUUUAUACAUAUUUGUUUACGAUGUGUAUAUAGUUUAAUUAUAUAAAAGAAAAUAUGUUAUAAAUGAAAUAAGGAUAUAGUUAUGUGGAAGUUUAGUAUGACAUUGUUAGUUGUCUCGCAUAUGUUUCUUGCUAACAUUCCUCGUACUGGAUACACAGAAGGUGAGCUAAUUAAUUUUAUUUUCAACUACUGUUAUUAAAUUUUAAUUAUCUUGUACUCAGUUCUCAUAUUUGUUUAGUUUCGAAAUUAUUUUUACACAAAUUAACAUAUAUAUUAUUCAAGAUCAUACAGCAUACAGUGGAAAAAAAACUUAUGACGACUUUUAAUUAAAUUUUUUUGGUUUCCUGUUUGAAGUACAGAAAUAAAUAUUUUAGCUCGGGAAUUUUGAAAUCUAAAAAAGUCAAAUGUAAAUUUUUUUUGGAAUUUCAUGGCCCAAAAAAAGUCUGGGCCUAAAAAAAUGGACUCAAUUAAAUUUAAAAAAAAUUUAAUUCUUUUUUUGUGAAUGAUACUGAAGUUGGCUGACGUCUAAUAAUUUUUGGAAUUUUUUAAAAACGAUUAAUUAUAAAAAAUACAAUUUUCA